CCUUGACUCUAUUCCAUCAAUUGACUUUGACUUGGGCACUUGACUCCAACUUCCAAGCCAGUCACGCAGUCACUUGCAGUCACUCACACAGUCACGCCGCCAGUCGUGCCAGUCUUUAUUCUCCCUCCACAUCGUUGUUGCCGCAUGUCAGGGAGCUGCUUCCCUAUCUAUCAGACAUUAGAAUUGCUUCUGCCCGCGCCCAGUUGCUCUCAUUCCAACCAACUUUACACAGUCAACUUUUGCUUGUUUCGCUUGUCACUCCUAGCGAUACUUGUUCUUUCGCUCACGGUCGUCUUGUAUGACCAUGAGAGCACCCUCAGCCGAUCCAGCAGCCCAUUGUACUGCUGCUGUAGUACACCGCAUCUAAAGGUGGACUUGACCCCGCCAGGAAUGAGAUGGAUCGCAGGCCGGCCUCAGAUCCGUCCUUCUGGCAUUAUCUGAUCAAAGACCAGAGGGCGACCGAACAACUUGAUCAGCUAUGUCAUGGUCUUGCGCAAAUCAUUUCCAAGCUCGAACCUGGCACAGAUGGAGAAUUGAGCCCCCAAAGAUUGGCCAACUUUUACCGCAUUGCGGGAUGCAACCUUGACUCAGUCUUCCUCGACCUCUCGCACGCUACCCUGUCUUUUAUGUACGCGACACUGGGUUGUUUCCACAGCCUCCAGCCCAGCCCGUCGCCGUUUAAACCCCCUCAAAUUCCCUGUUUGACUCCUGCGGGGUUCUCUCGAUGGAUCACCAUCCAAAUUAUGCUUGUCCCGGAGACGCAUGUCGGCUUGUUACAACAGGCGGUUCGGAUAUGGGAUGUUCCAGGCCCAAAUGGCACCGUCUUCCCCAAGUACAUUCCCCAAGAUGUCUUCCCGAACAAACCUGAUGAAGAAAUGGAACAGUGGUAUAAUUCUACCACGGAAAAACUGAAGCAGGGCCCUCAACAGCGACGCAUCAAAAAUUCGCCCUACCAAUCUCCUCAUCUGGAUCCUCAGGAUCGACGGGACGGCUACUUUUCUUCCUCCCUGGCUGGUCGGCCAUCGAGGCUAUCGCGAAGCAGUUCACGAGAUGACAAGGACCAAAUGGCUGCCUUGUACCGAAGACGAAGCAGCGUGCCGGAUGUCCCAUCUCCCCACGGCGACAGGGGCUCACGUUGGGAUGGCAGGACCCAGGAAGCAUUGAACAAGAGCAGAAGCCAUUCCGCUCAACGUCCGACUUUCCCACCAUCUCGUCAUCGGUCACAUACCACCACUGGUAGUCCCACGCAAUCCAGAUAUUCUACGAACCCUCCCCCUAAAAGCCACUCUUCUAGAAGACACCACGCUGAGCCGUCAGGUCGGCCAUUCUCUGACUACAACGGUCCCCACCGUUCGCCGGCCAGAACACCCUCGACCGUUGACGAGAACACGGGGAGUGAAGCGAGUUCCGAGAAUUCGCAGCUCAAUCGACGCUCCAGGAGACCCGACGAAGGACGUAAAAGUCGGCGGAGUUCGUUGUGGCCCCCGUCUUUUUUGCGAUCACACAAAAGACGGCAUUCUUCCGACGCAGGCUAUCGAGGCUCUUCGAGGUACGAUCCACCUCUGCGCCCAGAAUAUUAUGCGCUACGACCCAUCGAGUCUUCUAAUCAGCCUGGCUACCGUGGAUCGGGCCCGCCUCACUUCCGAGAGCCUACGUGGGAUAGUGAUCCCGCAAGAUCCAACCCAGGCACGCUGAAUCAGGUGCAUUCUUAUGUUGACCCUCGAAGCGCAUCGACGCGCUACCAAGAGCAACCUGAUUUUUAUUCUCUGCGCAGAGAGAGCAGUAGCGGGAGUGGAACAGAGAAUCGACAUCGUGCUUCUGAUAUGGAGAGAAACGCGCAUCGCAGACCAGGGGCCACGCCGUCGAGAGUGACGACCGUGUCUGGAGUGCAUGGCAGGAAGUAUCCUGAUGCACUGGGCCCCAUUGAGAGACACCGAGGACCGGGUCCUCCUCGAAGUGGUAUCGCGGCAGCGGUUUGAACGCGGGUUUGACCAACCCAGGCGGCUGAGAUGAAGUCAGACCGCCAUUUCACAGAAAUGCUAAUUGGGCUUGGCACGAGACCAAGUGCUCAGUUUAUAUGCCUCCCAAGGUUCGCCAGGAUACGAAUCAAUGACCUUGAUGCCCGAAAACGGAAUGAUGAAAUAUACGGGAUGAUGAUAACGACGUCGUGAAAUGAAACGAUAGAAAUGCAAUGGUUUAAGUCAUGGAAACACGUGGUGGGUGGUUGAAAAGAUUUGUGUCUACUGGGCGGGUUUUUGGAUGGUCGAAUUGGCACCGGAAAUAUAGGCAUGGUUGGUGUCUCUGGUGGCAGACUUGAGGGGAAACCCGGGCGGCUUUGGAGAGGCACAUGGGACGGGAGAAGAGGUUGCUGGGCGUCUUUGCCAGUGUUUUACCUACCACACAUAGUUUCCAUGUUCAGAGACUUACGACUACAGCCGAUGAAACAAUGUGCCAUGUCAACAGCUCAUGGCGCGCAUGCAGAUAACUUCU